AUAUCUAGAGAGCUGCACUGUUCCAACAUUGAAAAGGAAAUGUAAAUCUUCUGCAAAUACAUCAUCAUCAUCUUCAGAAGAUGACAAGCAAGUCCAGGAAAGUCAGCAAAGAGUAGAUACUGCUGUGCUUUCAGCAGUUGAUUCCCAGACUCCAGUAUCUGCUAAUCAGGAAGAGAUGCUGAAGGAGCAGAAACUUGCAAGCAUGGUGGGAGCUCCUCUGACAGACCUCACCCUGUCCAGCAAGGCUCCAAGUGUGGUGUCUGUCACCAGCCAGUGCAGUUACAGCAGCACUAUAGUGCACGUUCCACACCCUGAAUCAGAAGUGACUACAGUGGAGGAUACUGCUGUUGGAAGUGAACAAAUGGAGGUACCUCCUUUGGAUGCUCAGAGUCUCACGAUGGAACCUGUGGACUUAAGGCCAGUUGGGCUAACAAAAGAGACAUUGUCAGCCCAUGCUCAAAAAGAGGAGCAGAACUACGUUGACAAAUUUCGCCAGAGAGUCUUGCUCUCCCCAUUUAGGACUUACCUCCAGCAGGGGCGCAGAAGUGACAAUGGACAUUCCUGUGGCCAAGGAGAUUCCCCUUCAAAGCAGAUGAACCCAGCUAGUUGUAAAAAAGACAAACAUGGAAAAUUCAAGCACAAGAAACCUCGGAGACAGUCGUCAGAUAACCACUCUUCUAGCAAAAAUAGAAGUAGUCUUUCAUGUGAGAAGAGAACAAUCCAGAAACAGUCAUUCUCUGCCUCAGAAGUGUCCUGUCUGAGCUCCUCCAGUAUGAAUGCCGUUUCUUCUGUGGGAUUUCCUGUCUGUUCGGAUCCACUAUCUAGUUUUCCAGCCUCUUCUGUAGGAGAGGAGCUUGCACUUCACUCUUUGAAACCUGAGUCCACAUCAUCGUCACAACUAUGCUGUGAAGCACAGUCAUGCCCAGCACUUUAUUCCCCAAACGCAGGCACGUUUAUGGCUGUAUUUUUUCAGAAUUUCCCCGUGUAUGCUCAGUUGCCUCACUAUGUUUUUCUUCCUACCCCUCAGUAUGUUUAUCCCCCCUCUUCAUUCACUACACUACCUUCAGCUCCCCCUCCUGCUCCCUCACCAAUAGUACCACAUUCUGUCGAUCAGCCCUUUCCAGUCUCUUAUGCCACAUCCUUGGAAGACCAGCAAGAGGUCCAGCAUCACAAGGCCCUACUGCCAAGUAGCUCACGGAGCAGCUCCCCGCUUCAGCUGAAUUUGCUUCAAGAGGAGGUGCCAAAACCUAUGGAGCUUUCCAUUAGUACUGAUGUUAAAGCACAUGCAGAAACUAGAUGUGACAACAAUCGAGAAGAUAGUGGUAACAGUGCUAGCCAUUGUGCUUCUAGUGAAUUUACUGACCACUCGCUGUACGAGGACUCCGAGUUGGGUACAGGUUCAGCACCAUCAGGUGGUGGAUCAGCUUUUUCUGGUUCUUUAGGCUCUGGCUCCAGUGAGACUUCUGGUUGUAGCACAGGUAGUGGGAAAAGCAGCACAUAUUUUGCCAGUAAUGAUUAUUCUGAAGCUUCCAAAGAAGAAAAGAAUCAUGAAGCAGGAGAAAAAGGGACAGCUCAUAAAUCCAAACAUGAGUCAGCCUGGGUGAUGAUGGAUCACACACCUGAGCAAGUUUUAAUGACUUACCAAAUGCCAAACAGAAUUAAAGAGGAGGUUUUAAAGGAGGAUCUGGAGAAGCUGGCAGUCAUGCGAAAGCAGCAGCCUUGGUUCACAGAUGGGCAAAAGAAAGAGCUUGCAGAGGUGCACGCGUGGAUCCGGACCCAGACUGUCCCACUGCAAAUCAGUACCCAAGGCUGUGUUACAUGUGACAUCAGGGAAGCAAGUUGUGAGGCUGCAAUGGCUGAUGCCAAUAUGGAAAACAAGGGAAAAUCGUCUCCGCUCCUGCAGCGCUGA